CCUUAUUUUGUCACAGGCUGCGUGGUCGUGCGUGGGCACUGGACUUCAGCUGACAGGUGCAAACAAUGGAUCUUCCCCCGCAGGAAUGUAGGGUGACCCGGAGGAGGUGUGACAGCACAGCAUCAGUGCCACAGUUCUGCAACUCUCCCAUCGUGAUCGUUAUGGUAGGCCUGCCAGCCAGAGGGAAGACCUACAUCUCCAAGAAGCUCACCCGUUAUCUGAACUGGAUCGGAGUUCCCACGAAAACGUUUAAUGUUGGCCAGUAUCGCCGGCAGGCCGUCAAAACCUAUGAGAACUUUGAGUUCUUUAAAUCUGACAAUGAGGAGGCCAUGAGUAUCCGCAAGGCCUGUGCAGCUGCUGCCCUCAAAGAUGUUGCUGCCUACUUCACACAGGAACAAGGACAAGUGGCGGUUUUUGAUGCCACUAACACCACCAGGGAGAGAAGAGCAGCCAUCAAUAGAUUUGCCAAGGAACGAGGCUACAAGGUUUUUUUUGUGGAGUCCAUCUGUGAAGACCCAGAUAUAAUAGUAGAGAAUGUCAAGCAAGUGAAAUUUGGCAGUCCGGAUUAUGUGAAUCGCAGCAUGGAGGAAGCCAUAGAAGAUUUUCUUCAGCGCAUUGAGUGUUACAAGUCCAGCUACAUGCCCAUAGAUGACGAGAAAGACAGAAAGCUCUCCUACAUUAAGAUCUAUGAAGUGGGCAAAAGGUACCUCGUGAAUCAAGUCCAGGACCACAUCCAGAGUAGGAUCGUCUACUACCUCAUGAACAUCCAUGUUACUCCAAGGUCCAUCUAUUUGAGCCGCCAUGGGGAGAGCGAAUUUAAUCUUUUAGGUCGGAUCGGCGGAGACUCUGGUUUGUCCACCAGCGGACAAGAAUAUGCUGUUGCUUUGAAAAACUUCAUCCAGAGUCAGACAAUCAAGGAUCUGAAGGUAUGGACUAGUCACAUGAAGAGAACCAUCCAGACUGCACAAGCACUGGGAGUUCAGUAUGAGCAGUGGAAAGCUCUCAAUGAGAUAGACGCUGGUGUGUGUGAGGAAUUAACAUAUGAGGAGAUUCAGGAGAAUUUCCCAGAGGAAUUUGCACUGAGGGACCAGGACAAGUUUCGGUAUCGUUACCCAAAGGGUGAGUCCUAUGAGGACCUUGUCCAUCGCCUGGAACCAGUCAUCAUGGAGUUGGAAAGGCAAGAGAAUGUUCUUGUCAUCUGCCACCAAGCUGCCAUGCGCUGCCUCCUUGCCUACUUUCUAGACAAACCUGCAGAUGAGCUCCCUUAUCUCAGAUGUCCUCUUCACACGGUCUUUAAACUCACACCAAUAGCUUAUGGGUGUAAAGUUGAGCCCUUCUACCUCAAUAUUGAGGCAAUCAACACACACAGAGAGAAACCUGUGAAUGUAGACGUCCACAGAAACCCGGAUGAAGCUCUGCAGACUGUUCCUGACCACGUUUGAACAAUGUUGA